AUGCCUACUCCGCCCGACUUACGAUCUUCCCGGACGACCUGGAGGUCUAUCUCCUUCCGGUCACUCGAAGCGAUGCUCAGAUUCGCUCGCAGAUAUACGUUGCGACAAGACAGCAAUCGAUCUGGUUUGACUGUGCUUCGAUCGAGUGACCCGUGUCCCGGUGAGCCGUACUGGUCUCUCCCUUCCGGACCAAACGGGAAGGCGUUGUCACGUCAGGGUUCCGACUUGCCGAAAUCCCCAGGCCUGUCAGGCUCGACACUCAUAAAUGAUGACAGCGCAGCGGACAACUUCUCGAAGCCUGAUGUACCCAAGUCCGCCUCAGAAGUCGUGAUUCACGCCGCGGAUCUCCCUCCGCAUUCGAUCGACCCUGUUACCGACUACCAAAAGAUCGCCGCCAGCCUAUCUGAGAUGUACGAUCACCAGAAGAUGCAUCGUCCGCGUGACUUCAAGAUAUGGAACGACAAAGCAGCCGUGGAUCGCUGGAAGCUUUACGGCCAUCUGGACGACCAACAACUCCUCGCGCUCGCCGUUUACGAGACGUCGCUCCACGCUGAUUUCUAUAUCUGCGAAGACUCUGCGGCGCAUGACGCCGGGGGGAUGGUGGGCGCAACGUCUUUUGCCACAGCGUCAAACGCCCAACUCUCGGCCGCGUUGCUCGAGCUGUAUCGUUGUCAGGUCAAUCUCCGGCGCCAGCAAGAAGAAGAAUGGAAUCCGACAUACCUGAGGAGCACCACGGACAUCAUGCCUCAUAUACUGGGAGAUCAUGACGACGAGACUCUCAAGAGACAUACUGAGCAACUGAUGAGCGUUCACCGCAGUGUCCACUCCUCCAAGACGGCCAAACUCCACGAGGCGAUGUGGACCGCAGCGACCCUGAGAUGCGCGAGCGCCUCAGAGGUGAUACCGGUACUUGAUUCGCUCGCAGCGGCUGUUGACGGGCUCGAUGAAGAACUCAAAAGCAAGCUACACGACCAGUUCACCGAGCUGAAUUGUAGACUGGAAGGGAUAGAGACGGCGAGACGCACUAUACCGAUAUGGUCGGAUCCUGGUUGUAAGGAUACGCCCGACAAUGUCGCAGCGAUGCUGCAGGCCGGAGGACCGCGCGGGGAUACGGAUUAUCAGUAUGUGUAG